AUGGUACAAUCAGACACCUCGUUGCUGUCAUACCGGUAUUCCUCGCCCGCGAUCACGAUGGAGAGUUUCCUGGGCGGCGCGGGGUCGGACAAACGCUCACAAGAGACACAACAACAUAAAGAAGAAGAAGAAGAAAAUGGACGUAUCUUUGCUCGGUAUCCACAUUUACGUGAAUUUUUCUGCGGUGGCACAGCAGCCGCUAUUAAUAUCGUCGUCACUUUUCCACCAAAUAAAGUCAUGUUUCGUCAACAGUUACUUGGACUAAAUACAUGGAAAGCUAUUGAAAAUGUGCAUAAUGAAGGCUGGAUGAUGUUAUAUCGAGGAGUCAAGCCUCCAUUGGUACAAGCGAUGGUGUCCAAGUCUCUAAUGUUUGGACUAUAUAAUUUUUACCAUGAAUUACUCGUUCAAAAGUUUGGAGAACAGUCAGGAUUGCAUCUUCUUGCAGCCGGACUAUCAGGUACAUCUGAGGCAGUCCUAGCACCCUUUGAGAGAGCACAGACGUUGCUGCAAACGCCUAAAUUUAAUCGAAAGAUUGCGGGUGCAUAUGACGCCAUGGUUCAUAUUAACAAGUUUGGAGUGAAAGAGCAUUAUCGAGGUUUAUCAGCUAUUUUGUGUCGCAAUGGACCGGGCAAUAUUUUGUUUUUUGGUCUGCGUGAACCGCUACGAGACUUGUUUCCAAGAGGAGAGACGACAGCAGCGAUAAUGACGAACGACUUUAUAAGUGGUGCCAUGCUGGGUGCGGUUAUCAGUACUUUCACAUAUCCUAUCAACGUGGCACGAACACGUAUGCAGAGUAUGUACGGCCAGCCCUUUAUCGGACCAUGGGAGGCGCUACAACUUACUUUCCGAGAGCGUGGCCACAGUGUAAAGAGAUUAUACCGCGGAGUGCAGAUGAAUUUCUUUCGUUCGUUGUUGUCAUGGGGAAUUAUCAACUCUACAUAUGAAAAGCUGAAAUCAAUGACAUGA